ACAUGUAGCAUUUGAAAGAGUGCAAAGGAAGGAUAAAAAUAUCCUGAGGGAUAGUUUUCCCCUCUGUUUUUCUUUUUCUCUGCCAUAGUUUGAGGGUGGUAGUUACUAUCACCCCGAAGGCUGGAGAUAUUCUCAUGCACACAAUGCCAUUUUGGGACCCUUUGGGGAGCUCAUGACUGAAGAAGACAUUAUUCGUAUAGAAAAACAAAUCGAGAACCUUCAGGUCAUGCACAAAGUCCAGAAAGUGGAGACUGAGCUUGAACAGCUUGAACAUGAACUCCAGCAACUUCUUCCAGUCUCUGCUGCUUUGUCUCAAGAGCACUUCACUGUUAAUCCAAAGCAGAUGCAAGGAAGAGCCGAUGACCUCCCAGCUUGGUGUAGCAAGAUCUCUACCCUUUUGAAAAGUAUGGCCAUCCUGUUGGCAACACUUGGUGGAAAAGAAGCCGAUCUUGUAGACUUUGUGAAUCAAGACCAGACUGAGCAGUCACAAAGUGUACUGAAAGAUGGCGGCACCAAUAUCGGUAGAUCCCAGUCGUUCAGCUCCACUAGAGAAGAAGUAGAAAAGGAAAUAAAGCAAUUUGGUGUUUCUGUAAAAAAUUUAAAGGCUAAUUAUGAAUUGUACACACAGCCUCAAAGUGCUUUUGAAGCACCAAACAGAAUAUAUAAAAGAAAGAGAUCACUACCAGUAGGAGCCACUCCAUACACCUAUGGAAGAGAACCCAUCUUGGAGGAAGACUAUAUAACAAGCAGUGAGCCAUUUCCCAUUCUAAAUGAAAAUGAAUCUGCACAGCAUGAAGAACCACCCGUUAUGUUAUCCCAUGCGCAGCUAACAUACCAUGAUGAAGACAUGUUUCCUAGGGAUAUAGAAACAAGUAACCAAACCACAAUUAUGGAUGCAUUGGGAGAGCCAAUGUUUAGUCCAAAUCAAAUGACCCGAAGUCUUCCUGUGCAGACCGAACUCAGCUGCGUACAAGACUACAUUGACAUGAGGAAAGAAAGGAUUGUCUAUCUGUUUCUCGACCACUGGAAAAAGUGGACCUUCACAGAAUCCAUUAAGAAUAACAACAGUAGAAAGAAAGCCUCAGGAACAUCCGCUGAAACAGAUUUCAGAAUUGAGACCAGCGUUACUGACAGUGACGACGGCAGAAUAAAAAUGUCCAAAGGACCAAGUGAUGAUGACCGACUUUUAUACUUUAUGAAGCAGAGGCAAGUUGUGGGGAAGUUGAUUAGCCAUUGGAGAAGUAUAAUUUGUCAAGUCCCAACAAGACAAAUUCGUCGUCUAAGCAGAGCAAACAUGCUUUAUUGGCCUGAACAUUUUCUCCCACAUAUUGAUGGGUCUCCAGUAGAGUAUUCCAGCUUGACACUAGAUCUCUUUAUGUUGGGCUACUUCCAGCUGUUAGAAAUGAAUAUGUCAAGAGAAGAGCGCAAAUUCCGGCACAUAUUGUGCUAUGAAAUGUUUGACCGUCUUGGGAGUCAUAGUUGGGAGCUGAUUCGGAAAUUUCACAAAGUGGUGAUGGAAGAGAUUGAAUCUGGGAAGAGAGACUGGACCGAUGGCUUUGAAGAUCUCAAGCAGCAGUUUUUUGGGGACAGUGUAGAAGGAGGCUUAGUUGACAUAAGAGAUGUGGGGCGACUGGAGGAGACUGUGAACCAGAAUAAACAUCAUCAAGAACAUCACGUGGCCCGGGAGGUCAGAACGAAAGAAGUUGCAUCGGUUCCAGAAGAACUUACGCCUCUGACCAAAAGUAGAAAAGAUUCUAUACAGCUCGUAUCAGAACUUGGAGAAUUUACUAAUGAUGAUAUAUGUCGGUAUAUAGAUCGGAGUUUUUCCUUUUGGAAAGAAAAAGAAGCUGAAAUGUUCGAUAUAUGAGAUUGUCUAUAACCAUCUACACCAAAAUAGGCUUGCCGAUGGUAGAAAUAUUUAUCAUCUAUGAGGCUAUGAGAGCCGUUGAUGCAAAUGAUGCGUUGCUGAAACCAAUGCAGUAAGAUUAAUAAGACAAGAGCAGGCUUAAGAGCAGGUUUGUUUAGUUGCAGAAGUAAGGGAAGGUAUCAAUCACCAUAUAGGAAACCCUUUCACAUACAUUUAACAGUAAAUAUUAAAAAAUACCCUUUUUUUACCAGGUCAAUGUUACUGAACCCACCAAAAAAUAGUCAGUCUUUACAAAGUUUGACAAUAACAUAAUAACAAUAACUAAUAACAUUAGCAAAGAUCAUUUUUUGAGGAUUAUUAGAAUGUUACUUUAUUACUAAAUUUGUGUGUAUUUGUUAAAUAAAAAAAGAAAAUCAAUUAUUAAAAAUACAGAACCACAAAAACUUGUAUUUUUAGGCAAAUAUGAAAAAAAGAAAACGCCGGUUCAAACAAAUUCAAUAUAAAAUAUUUAAUAAAAGGAUUAAUGAAACUAUAAUUUUCCACGUGGGCCAUUGUGGACCAAU